CGAAAGGCGCAGGGGGCUUGCUGGGAAGCCCGGCAGCGUGUUUACAAGAUGGCAGCGUCCAGGAGAACCGAAGUGCUGCGUCUCUAUCGGGCCUUGCUGAGAGAAAGCCAGGCUUUCAACGCCUACGGCUAUAGGACAUAUGCCAUCAGAAAAAUAAGAGAUGCCUUUAGAGAAAACAAAAACAUCAAGGAAUCAUCAGAAAUAGAUACACUAAUCAACAAAGCAAAAACUAAUCUGGAAAUGAUACACCGACAGGUCACAAUUGGUCAAUUGUAUACAGCAGAGAAGCUGGUUAUUGAGUGCCCACAAAAAGCAUAAUUCUGAUGCUUUUUUUCUUCAGAAGUAAAGGACGACUACUGACCAUUCCCAGCAUUCUACAGCAGGCAGAUUUACAUUUAAAUGCAUAUUACUAUCUGUAUAUAUACGACUCAGCUAUCUUAUUCCUCUGGUUUGAAAAUGUAAGAAUGUUUGUAUAAAAUAUAGUUUUAUUAGAAUUUUAUUAUUUACGUGCCAAUAAAAUGGAUUGAUUUCAUUGUACAUGAAUGUCAUUGUUUGCUCAUACAUUUUCCUGACAAUAAAAUAUUUGCUCACUU